GUUUCUGGCGUUGCUCGGUGUAGUUGGAGGUUUCCCACCCUACCGCGGGGCGCGUUGGUAAUGAGAAUCGGUCAGAAAAUCAAAACAUGCGAUGAUGUAAAAUCAGCAAAUCUUACAGGAGGGAAAAGAGACGAGAUAAAAGCGGUCUGCUGCAGAGGUGGACGUUUAUGUUGAGUGGUUUGAUGGUGUAAUUGCUUGUCGUCUCCCUCAGGAUCCAUGUCUUUUUUGCGCUGGGUGUCGGAGAAGCUGAGUGUGGAGAGUCUGAGAGAUCUGGAGUUAUUUGGAGAGCAAGCUCAGGCAAGCCCGCUCAGGAAAGCCCAUGAAGACAGUCGUGAGUCUCUGAGCCCCCUCCCACACCGGGACACCAUGGGAACCUUCCUUCCAGACAGCAGUGCCUACGAGCUCCUCACCAUCAUAGGUCGUGGUCUGGAGGACCUAAUGACGGUGAACUUGGCCAGGUACAGACCCACCGGAGAGCAUGUUGCUAUCAGAAGGAUUGAUCUGGAGUCCUGCACCAAUGACAUGGUCAACUACCUGCAGGGAGAACUUCAUGUCUCUAAGCUUUUCCACCAUCCAAGCAUCCUCCCUUACAAAAGCAUCUUCAUCGCAGAGAACGAGUUAUGGGUGAUCACACCAUUCAUGGCCUACGGCUCAGCACGAGAUUUGAUCAGCACUCACUUCACAGACGGUAUGAGUGAGCUGACCAUUGCCUACAUCCUGCAUGGAGUUCUCCGGGCGCUGGAGUAUAUUCAUCACAUGGGCUACGUACACAGGAGUGUGAAAGCGAGUCACAUUCUGAUCUCGGCAGACGGUCAGGUGUAUCUGUCCGGUCUGAGGAGCAUCUUCAGUCUGAUACGGCACGGCCAGAGGGCACGAGUGGUCCAUGAUUUCCCUCAGUACAGUGUUAAAGUGCUGCCCUGGUUCAGUCCUGAGGUGCUACAACAGAAUCUUCAGGGGUACGACUUCCGCUCAGACAUUUACAGUCUAGGAAUUACUGCGUGCGAGCUGGCUAAUGGCCAUGUUCCAUUUAAAGACAUGCCCGCUACCCAGAUGUUGUUGGAGAAGCUGAAUGGCACAGUGCCGUGUCUGCUGGACACUACCACCAUCCCCCCGGAGGAGCUCAGUAUGAAGCCUUCUCGCUCAGGGGCCGACUCGGGGAUCUGUGAGGGUCCCGGGGCUGGGGGGGCCCGCCACACCAACGGAGAACCCUCAUCCUCCUCAGGGGCGAAUCCAUACAGCCGCACCUUCAGCUCUCACUUCCAUGCCUUCGUGGAGCUGUGCCUCCAGAGAGACCCUGAGAAGAGACCAUCUGCCAGCACACUCAUUGGUCACUCCUUCUUUAAACAGAUAAAGCGCCGGCCAUGCGAGGCUUUGCCUGACCUGCUGCGUCCUGUUUCACCUCUUAGCACCUUUGAGUGUGUCCAGCCUCAGGACUCCCCUUCAGGGCUGGCCAGCCUGGAGUCUGGCCUCAGCCACCUGGAUGUGGACGACUGGGACUUCUGACAGGUGGCCAGUCAAUGAGAUGGAGGGGUUAAGUCAGAUAAAAGAAUGGACAACUUGCGCUAAGUGACUUUUGGAUGAAAAUAAAAACAAAUGGAGGACUUGUUUCGGACGUGGUUGGGUUGGAGGUACAGCAGGUGCAUGUGUUUGCUAACGAGUAGGGUGUGAAAGCUGAACGAGGAGGAAGGGUUUAAAGGAAUGGGUCAGUCAGUAAUGCUAAAGAACAGCCAAAGACUAGCAUUAUGAAAACGACAUCUUAAUGCUUAUAAUUCCAGUUGGUACUGCUAAUGUUGCUAAAAGCAAAUGAAAUCAAACAGCCACAGACUAGCAUUACGAAAACGACAUUGCGUUGCUAAUUAUGAGGUCAGCAAAUGAUGUUAAAGUUGCUAACAAUGAAUUAAAGUGAACAGUUGUACAUUAGCAUUAUGAAAAAGACACCAUACCACUUAUUAUAACAUCUCAAAGUCAAGCUAAAAUUGCUCAGAAUGAAUGGAAUCGGACAGCCGAAGACUAGCGUUAUGAAAAUGACGUCAUGUUUAUGAUGUCAGUCAGUAAUGCUGGUCUUUUCAACAACUAAAGCAAAUGGUUACCAUUUAUUAUGAAAAUGACCUCAAAGCUUAUGAUGUCAGUCAGUAAUGCUGGUCUUUUCAACAACUAAAGCAAAUAGUUACCAUUUAUUAUGAAAAUGACCUCAAAGCUUAUGAUGUCAGUCAGUAAUGCUGGUCUUUUCAACAACUAAAGCAAAUAGUUACCAUUUAUUAUGAAAAUGACCUCAUAAAGCUUAUGAUGUCAGUCAGUAAUGCUAACAACAAAUGAAUCCAAACAGCCACAGUCUAGCAUCAUACGACUCUAAUGUCAGUAAAAUAAUGCUAAUGUUGCUAAUUAACAAAAUCCCACAGCCACAGAUUAGCAUUCUGAAAAUGACGUCGUGAUGCUGAUGACCGUGAGUGAAUGAUGCUGGAGUUGCUGACAACGAAUGAAUGUGAACAACCUGGUCCUCGUGCCAGUUGGAUUCUACUGGCUUACGUUCUUGUGCACAACAUUAGCAUGUCUGGUUGAGCUGUUGCUUUAAGAGAUCGCAAAAGGUUCUCUUCGUUUCUCUUCGUUUUAGGGUUUGUGUAUAUAGUUAUGUAUUUAAUUGAAACUGCUUGAGGGAGGACAGUUUCUACUUCUUCAUCUCUCGCAGAGAGGUGCAAAGCCAGCAGCCGCCGCAACCGCCACAGCCUUGCGCUAACGAGGCUCAAACGGGCUUCUUAGUCAAAUGUUUCCGUUCCACUGUAAAGAGCGCAGCAGUUGUGUUUUGGUGCCCGAAGAGCCGGAAUGUAGCUUUAGCUGCUGUACCAUUUAAAGUGGAACAAAAAAAAUCAAAAUAAUGGAAAAUUUGAAUAAACGGAAAUAAAUUCGAAGUAACGGAAAAAUUGGAAUAAACUGAAAAAUUUGAAAAACAAGCCUAUUUCAGCUUCUUCUGGCCAGAAUGUUCACAGGUCACUCACAGGAAGAUGCAUGAGGAUGAAAGAGUGGUCGCGUUUUUUUAUGGCGGUUUUGCCAUGUUGGGAUGUUGGAUGCUCAGUUCUGUGCGCUGUUACUGACAAGUGUUAUGUGUUUUGUUAUCAUUCUGAACAUGGACGACACACUUUGUAAUAUGAAUGUUAUAGCUUAGUAUUGCUUGCUUCAGCACUGAGCUCACUGAGCUACGUUUACAUAGAAAAAGCAAAACUGCAUGGCCUACUGAGCCAACGCCUUCGUCUCGCAGCGCGUGGACUUGGAGAUUCGAGUCGAUUCGGUCAGCUCCGAGUGAACAGAGAUCGAUUCAGUUUGUUCAAACCAGUGCAUGGAUGGGUGCAGGGGGAGCUACUAACUAAGCCUCUCGCUGAAAGCUAGACCACGCGCAGGAGCCUUUAGAACUUGUAGGCAGGAGCUUUUUCGUUCGCACGGUGCUGUUAAAGAUUCGUGCCCAUCGCUGUCCCAGCCGUUUAUUUGCAUAAUGAAUGUUGGUGUUUUCUUUGAAUCUCGUUUGUUUUGACAAAGCAGUGACAUUGGAAAGUACUUCAGUAGUCUGUAUGUGGAGUUUCUCAGAUGUUACAUAUUGGGAGAAGGACAAUAAAGGCUUUAAGAAACA